CCCCUCCCGACCGCCCAGGGCCGCCGGCUCAUGCCCUCUCCGCGCCCGGCGCUGCUUAGAGCCGCCCGCGCCGCUGUGCUGCUGCUGCUGCCGCCCCGACUCCCCGCCCGGCCUCCGAUCCCGCCCCGCCGGCCCCUCAGCACGCCCGCCCGCGUCCCGACCUCUGUGCCCGCCGCCGCCGCCGCCGGGAGCAGCAUGGACGGCGCCGGGGCUGAGGAGGUGCUGGCACCUCUCAGGCUAGCCGUGCGCCAGCAGGGAGAUCUUGUUCGAAAGCUCAAAGAAGGUAAAGCACCCCAGGUAGAUGUAGACAGAGCAGUAGCUGAGCUUAAAGCCCGGAAGAGGGUUCUGGAGGCAAAGGAGCUAGCUUUACAGCCCAAAGAUGACAUUGUAGACCGAGCGAAAAUGGAAGAUACCCUGAAAAGGAGAUUUUUCUAUGAUCAAGCUUUUGCUAUUUAUGGAGGUGUUAGUGGUCUGUAUGAUUUUGGGCCAGUUGGAUGUGCUUUGAAGAACAAUAUUAUUCAGACCUGGAGGCAGCACUUUAUCCAUGAGGAACAGAUUCUAGAGAUUGAUUGCACCAUGCUCACCCCUGAGCCAGUUUUAAAGACUUCUGGCCACGUAGACAAAUUUGCUGACUUCAUGGUGAAAGACGUUAAAAAUGGAGAGUGUUUCCGUGCAGACCAUCUAUUGAAAGCUCAUUUACAGAAAUUGAUGUCUGAUAAGAAGUGUUCAGCUGAGAAAAAAUCAGAGAUGGAAAGUGUCUUGACCCAGCUCGAUAACUACGGACAGCAGGAACUCGGGGACCUUUUUGUGAACUAUAAUGUGAAAUCCCCCAUUACUGGAAAUGAUCUGUCACCUCCAGUAUCUUUUAACUUAAUGUUCAAGACCUUCAUUGGACCUGGAGGAAACAUGCCUGGGUACUUGCGACCAGAAACGGCACAGGGGAUUUUCCUGAAUUUCAAACGACUUUUGGAAUUUAACCAAGGAAAGUUGCCUUUUGCUGCUGCUCAGAUUGGAAAUUCUUUUAGAAAUGAGAUCUCCCCUCGAUCUGGACUGAUCAGAGUCAGAGAAUUCACAAUGGCAGAAAUUGAGCACUUUGUAGAUCCCAGUGAGAAAGACCACCCCAAGUUUCAGAAUGUGGCAGACAUUCACCUUUAUUUGUAUUCAGCAAAAGCCCAAGUCAGUGGACAGUCUGCUCGGAAAAUGCGCUUAGGAGACGCUGUUGAACAGGGUGUGAUUAACAACUCAGUAUUAGGCUAUUUUAUUGGCCGCAUCUAUCUCUACCUCACGAAGGUUGGAGUAUCCCCAGAAAAACUCCGCUUCCGGCAGCACAUGGAGAAUGAGAUGGCCCAUUAUGCCUGUGACUGUUGGGAUGCUGAAUCCAAGACAUCCUAUGGCUGGAUUGAAAUUGUUGGAUGUGCUGAUCGUUCCUGUUAUGACCUCUCUUGUCAUGCACGAGCCACCAAAGUCCCACUUGUAGCUGAGAAACCUCUGAAAGAACCCAAAACAGUUAAUGUUGUUCAGUUUGAACCCAAUAAGGGAGGAAUUGGUAAGGCAUAUAAGAAGGAUGCAAAGCUGGUGAUGGAAUACCUUGCCAUUUGUGAUGAGUGUUACAUUACAGAAAUGGAGAAACUACUGAAUGAAAAAGGGGAAUUCACUAUUGAAACUGAAGGGAAAACAUUUCAGUUAACAAAAAACAUGGUCAGUGUGAAGCGGUUCCAGAAAACAUUACACGUGGAAGAAGUUGUUCCAAAUGUAAUUGAGCCCUCCUUUGGCCUGGGCAGGAUCAUGUAUACAGUAUUUGAACAUACAUUCCAUGUACGCGAGGGAGAUGAACAGAGAACUUUCUUCAGUUUCCCGGCGGUGGUAGCUCCAUUCAAAUGUUCUGUCCUUCCCCUGAGCCAAAACCAGGAGUUCGUGCCGUUCGUCAAGGAAUUAUCGGAAGCCCUGACCAGGAAUGGAGUCUCUUACAAAGUAGACGAUUCCUCCGGAUCUAUUGGAAGACGCUAUGCCCGGACUGAUGAGAUUGGUGUGGCUUUUGGGAUCACCGUUGACUUCGAUACAGUGAACAAGACCCCUCACACUGCAACUCUGCGAGACCGAGACUCCAUGAGACAGAUCAGAGCAGAGGUCUCUGAACUGCCCAGUCUAGUCCGAGAUCUAGCCAACGGCUGCAUCACAUGGGCUGAUGUGGAAGCCAGAUAUCCUCUCUUUGAAGGACAAGAGACUGGUAAAAAAGAGACAGUCGAGGAAUGAAGACAGUUUUGGUGACUUUUGACCACUUGCGCUAAUAAAUAACUCUUAUCAUGUCCAUUUUAUGAGAAAACAGCAUUGUGAUUGCUCCCAGGGACUGCCUUUUAUCCUCAGUGGCUGCCUGAUCUCACUCCCACAAUUAAAGUUGAAGGAAUUCUGAACAAUCUUGUAAUCAUUUGCAUAUGUUUUAUGUUUUCAGCAAAACUGUUUCUUCUACCUUUUGGUAAACAUGCUAUGGCUUAACAUUACACACAAUACAUUAAUCAACAGCUUUAUUGGGGUACAAUUUACAUAUCAUUAAAUUGACCCAUUUUAAGUAAUGUUGAAUUCAGUGAUGUUUACUCUAUUUACAGAGUUGUCCAACUCUGCCGCAAUCCAGUUUUAGAAUAUUUCCAGCACACCAAAAAGAAACUUUAUUUGCAUUUAGCAUCUUUCUCCAGUCCAACCCCAGCCCCAAGCAACCUCUUAGCUACUUUCUGUCUCUCUAGAUUUGUCUUUUCU